CCUCUCUUGUGAGUUACUUUGCUCAAAAGUGUGCAUGCGCGGCCAUGUGUGUGUACACAAAAGUAUAUAUACUACAGACACGAUGCUUGUUGUGUAGUUACUCACAAGAGAGAGGCAACUAUGAUUUUCUUUCUUACUUCCUUCCGACAUGUUUUUCUAUCGGGAAACAAAGGCAUUCCCCUUCCAUUUAUAUAUGUUCUAAGAUCGUACAUUUAUUUUACGAGUAUAUUGAUGAGUAUAUAGCAAAUUCAUUAUGGUGUCGAGUUGCUGCAUUUGCAAAUUAACUCAAGGAGUAGUCGCAAAUAUAUCUUUUCAUAGCAUCCCAAAAAACGAAACAGGAAGACAGAAAUGGUGUAGUGCUAUAGGUCGAGAAAUAACUAAGAGGAGUUUUGUUUGUAGUAAGCAUUUUAAAGAAAGUGAUUUUCAUUAUAAAGUAAUUGGUGACACUGUACGGAGGUUCUUAUUACCUGGUACUAUUCCAUCAUUAUUACUUAGUCAACAUUGUGAUAGAGAGAGUGCUAGUAUCGAAAAAUAAAAUAAUGAAAUAUUACGAACCAAUGUUAAUACAUGUAAAGCUAAUCAAAACGAAAAUAAAAUAACAAAUGAUAUAUCUGCAAUAUUUAAAGAAAAUAUUGCAAAUAGUGAACAAAUAAUGUCGCUCGAGAGUUCACUUGAUUUAGACAGUGACAAAUAUGUUCAAGAAGCAAUAACACCUAUUGAAUCAGAAAAGGAAUUAUUGGAGAACGACAGAAAAAAAUUUUGCUCAUUGAAAAGAAAAAGUGUUGAGCCAUUAACAGGCUCAAAAAGAUUUUGCAAUCCACGUUUCAUUGGAGAUCUUCACCGUGAAGAUUUUAUUUCUGAUGCAAGUUAUAAUAUAGUGAAAAAUUAUUAUCAGGAAUCAAAGAAAAAAUUAAAUACAAUGAAUCGACAAAUUAAUCGAUUAACAAAAAGAAUGGGAAGCUUUCAAGAAUUAUUAACUCACCUCAAGGAUAUUGGAUUAUCUAAAGAAGCCUUAAAUGCUAUACAGGUAAGCUCGAACCCAUACAGAACACAACAUCCAAUAGAUAUCUAGUGAAUAUCUAUAUAUCUAUCUGAUGUCCAUAU